AUGAAUUGGGUCAAGAGAAUGAAAAGUUAAAAAAUAUCAUAAUAGGAUUAAAGAACAAAAUGUCUGAUUUAGAAUAGAAAAUAAAUGGAAAUGAGAAUCCUUAAAUCGAAAAAGAAGAUUAAUGAAGUUUUUAAAUUGAAAAACCGGAAUAAGAGAUGAGUGAAGAAAGAGAAAUCUUUUCAUUUUGCUUUGAUGUUAUAAUAAGAAGAGGAGAUGGAAUUUUAAAAUCGUUUAAUGUAAAAAUAUAUAAAUAAUCUAUAGUAUAAAAUAUUGUAGACUGGGAUAAAUUGAGUUAAAAAAUGGGUUAUGUAAGUAAGGUUUUUGUUGAAAGUUAAAUAUAAUAAUUACUUAAGGAAUGUGUUACUUAAAAUUAAACAUAUGAUUUGUAUUGAAAUAAUAAUUUAAUAUAUUAAAGAUUGAUUAGUUAAUAAUUUAUUUGUAGUUGCACAAUCUGUCUAGAAGAAAGCGGUAAUCCUGUUGAGAUUCAAUUAGAAUGUGGAUAUGUAUUUCAUAAAGAAUGCAUUUAAGAAAGGUUAUCAAAAAAGCAUUGUCCAGUUUGCAAGAGAGAUAUUAGAUUAGAAAGAUAAAGUGUAAUGA